UGGUUCUAGUUGGAAGAUUGGGGGUUUAGGGUUUAACCCCAAGAAAAUGGAUGGAUAGCUAGGGUAGCGAUCGAAUCAUCGAUCGAUGGGGGCAGCGGCGGUGGCGACGACGACGACGGCGGCGGCGGCGCAGCUAGGCGGUGGGAUUGGCAUCGGGAAGCCGCUAGUGGUAGGAUCUAGCAGCAGCAGCAGCUUCGCGGGCAGGCGAGGGUUUCUCGGCAGCAAUCGCAAGGCCGCGGGAGGAUUUCCAGGCGGCGGCAAGAAUGCGGCGCGUGUCCACUGCGUGGUAGCCUUUGCGGACCCGCGCUCGCGGAAUCUGGACAUCAAGGAGGAGAUUGAGCGGCGGUGGGAGGCGCUCCAGGAGAAUCCUCUCGAGGGCGUGCCGUUCACGGUGGAGGAGUUCGAGGAGGCGCUGUCCAAGUACGAAUUCGACCACACCGUGGGCGAUGUGGUGAAGGGGACGGUGUUCGUCACCGACAAGCUGGGCGCGCUGGUGGACAUUGGCGGCAAAUCCAUGGCCUUCCUGCCCAUGGAUUUGGCGUCGGUGUUCAAGCUCAAGGAUCUGCGCGUCAUGGGUCUCUUCUCCGGCGUCCAGGAGCAAUUCGAGGUGGUCCGCGAGGACGAGGAGAACAGCCGCUUCAUCGUCAGCCUCCGCGAGAUGCACAUCAAGCUCUCGUGGGAGAGGCUCAAGCAAAUCCAGGCCGAGGACGCGAUUUGCAAGGGCGUGGUGGUGAGCAGCAACCGGGGUGGCCUCUCGCUCCAGAUUGAGUGCCUCAAGGCAUUCCUUCCAUUCUCGCAGCUCGCCGGAGGCCUCAACCAGGAGAAUCUCACAGGAAGGGAGCUCCCAGUGAAAGUUCUCGAGGUGGACGAAGAACAAAAGAGGCUGGUGGUGAGCCACAGGAAAGCUCUAGCAGAGAAUCAAGCCACGCUGGGCAUCGGCUCGGUGGUGGUGGGAACCGUCCAGACGAUCAAACCAUACGGCGCGUUCAUCGAUCUGGGAGGACUCACUGGGCUCUUGCACGUAAGCCAGAUCAGCCACGACCGGAUCACCACCGUGGAAAACGUCCUCUCGCCGGGUGACAAGCUCAAAGUCAUGGUUUUGAGCCAUGACAAGGAUCGGGGGCGCAUAAGCUUGUCCACCAAGAAGCUGGAGCCGACCCCUGGAGAUAUGUUGCGGAAUCCAUCGCUGGUGUACGAGAAGGCGGACGAGAUGGCGAUGACGUUCCGGCAAAGGGUCGCGCAGGCCGAGGCUGCUGCUCGAGCCGAGGACUUGCAGUUCCAACAAGGAGCCGGGAGAUUUGGCUUGAGCGCCGAUAUACUCGGAGUGGAGGAAGAUCUCCCGGCGGCGGCGGAGCCAGCGGCGGAGGAGGCAGCAGCGGACAUUUUGUCGACACCUCUAUGAAAUGUAUUUUGAGCCGAGUCGAGUACAGUACCUCUACAAUGAUGCUAGCUCUAGCUUGUGAACUAGAACGCCGUUCUUGGCCUGAGAGUUUCGAGCCCAUCUUCCCAGGCGAGGUUCCUGUACAGUCCUUUGUGUUUGAGUAAAUCAAUGGAUGAAUAGAGACUUACUUGGC